AUGGAUCUGAACCCUAAGUACGACGACUAUGAUUUCCCCCACAUAGCAGCUGAGAAGCAAUCUGGCCAUGCCGGACACUUGACCGAUCAGCAGAUUGCUCAGGUUCAUCAGCUACGGAUGAUGCUAGAGGCCGAGGGCUAUACUGAGCGCCUGGAUACCCUAACACUGUUGCGAUUCCUCCGUGCACGCAAGUUUGAUGUCAACUUGGCCAAGCAGAUGUUCGUUGACUGUGAGAAGUGGCGAAAGGAGAGCAAGCUUGAUGAGACUCUUCCCACCUGGGACUACCCUGAGAAGCCAGAGGUGGCCAAGUACUACAAGCAGUUUUACCACAAGACCGACAAGGAUGGCCGUCCUCUUUACAUUGAGACUCUCGGUGGAAUUGACCUGAACGCCAUGUACAAGAUCACCACCGCUGAACGCAUGCUCACGAACCUGGCCGUCGAGUAUGAGCGUGUAUCCGACCCUCGUCUCCCUGCCUGCUCUCGCAAGGCCGGCACCUUGCUUGAAACCAGCUGCAGCAUCAUGGAUCUCAAGGGCGUCACAUUGGCCAAGGUCCCCUCGGUCUACAACUACGUCAGCCAGGUCACCGUGAUCUCCCAAAACUACUACCCCGAGCGCCUAGGCAAGCUCUACCUGAUCAACGCCCCCUGGGGAUUCUCGACAGUCUGGAGCAUCAUCAAGGGCUGGCUGGAUCCCGUCACUGUUUCCAAGAUCCAUAUUUUGGGUUCUGGAUACAAGAGCGAGGUCCUCAAGCAGGUCCCGGCUGAGAAUCUGCCAAAGGAGUUUGGCGGUUCCUGCCAGUGCGAAGGCGGCUGCGAGAACUCUGACGCCGGCCCAUGGCACGAUCCGGAAUUCGUUAAGCCCGCCAAGUGGGAGACGAAGCUUGCAGCGGCCAAGGCUGUUGAAGCUACUAAGACUGCUGCCCCCGAGGCGACCCCAGCUGCUGAUGCUGCUCCUGCUUCGGUUGUCGAAGAGAUCAAGCAAGCCGCCUAA